GUUUGUGGCCUUGUCUCCGAGGGCACAAGGCUCUGUUUCAGCACCACCUACAUCGGUAUCUUCGGUGAAUUUCUGAAGCUGUUAACUUCUGUUGGAUUUCUGGACACCUUACGAAGCUCACUUGAAAUCACAAAAGAGGUGGCCAAGGUCACAGGACACACAAGGAGGGUGAGUACUGAACGUAGGAGGGAGUAGAGAUGGCGAAAGGAGACGAUGCUUUGGCGAAGAAGAAGAAUAAGGCCAUUCGUAAGCGCAACCGAAGAGCUGGAGCUAACACGACUGAGGCUAUUGAGGGAGUCCAGUCUCACAAACGCCGUCGGAAAGCCGGGACUCGUCGAGUGUGUGAGUCAAUGUGCUACUCACUCCCCACGCCAGACGACCCAUUUUUGGAUAGGAAGAUACACCGUAAGAAUCAUGACUCCUUUCAGACAAAUGGUUCUGCCAAUUGGAAAGUUGAGGAACGAAGAAGCGAUACUGAACGUAAACACGAGAAAUCCACAGAGAACGUGAUGUCGCGGAGUACUGAUGUUGUCAAACCCGAAAAAGUUCAAGCCAAUGGCUCUCGUAAGGAAGACAUUAAUAAGUUCACUUCAGCACCAUUGAAGAAAGUUGUUUGGGAUCCAAACUGUGAUCGCAAAUCAUCGGAACCAAAAGCCGGGAUCAGUGAUGCAUUGUGUACAGCUAAUAAUGCCUUUCAGUUGGCAGUUUCCGCCCUUUUUGAAGACAGAUAUUCUGAAGGAAGUUCCUCAAAGCCGCGUGCAGCUGCAGCUACCAACUUCGAGCAACAAUGGUGGCAAGCAUGUGCACAAGGAGUAGACGUACUUGGAACUGGUUGUGGCACUCCUUGCAUCAAAGCGUACACAGUUGGGGCUGCUCCUCAUGUUGCUGUUCAAAAGAAGGUUUCUGGGUUGGCGCAGGGUCCAUUUGCUUUAAUAUUAGUGAAGUCAAAGGACCAAGCUCAGUCUGUGCGCCAGAUUUGCAAACUUCUGAAGAAGGUUUUAAACAUUCACACAGUUAGUUUGCACUCUGAGAAAUCCAUCGAGCUCCAAGUUAAUGGGCUCGCUAUGCAGACACCAGGAAUCGUAGUAGCAACGCCUGACCGUCUUUGUCAGCUGCUCACCCUCAGCGUUUUCAGCCUUUCGUCAGUUUCAUAUGUGGUCGUGGAUAGCUUAGAUGACCUUAUCAAUGAAGGCUAUAGAGAACAACUGGAUAACAUCAAGCAACAACUCCAGAAGGGCGUACAAGUUGGCGUUAUCAGUAAAACGUUCUCGGCGGAUGUGGUUAGUGCCGCUGGAAAUUGGCUUCAACACCCUGUUGCCAGAGCUGUAUUAGACAAAAAUGUGCCAGCUAGCAGCGCUUGUAUUUUACAGUCAGUCUCUGUUACUACGACGGAGGAGUCGAAGUUAACUAAGUUCAACAAGAUUCUUGAGCAGAUACGAAAGAAUCUAGAGGAUAACCACAUCCUAGGAAGUGUGUUAAUUCUUAUAAAGGGCAGUGAACAGUUUCCAGUUUUGAAGGAGUUGCUUUUAAAACACAAGUUGACCCCGCAUUUUAUCAACGAAUCUGCUGGUGUACCAAGGAAACAAAAACGGAGUAUAAUGGUUGCAAAAUUUGAUGAUAAAAUUGAGCCAUCAGUGCUGUCAAAAGUAGAAGUGGCCAUUAAUUACGAUUUUAGUUGGCCCAUACAUCAUUACACACAAAUUUUGACCGGGAUGGCGCGGAGUAGUGUGAAGGGCAGGAUUGAGACAUUGUGCAGUGGAGCGGCUGCAUUACAUGCUGAUAGUUUGGUGGAAAUAUUGGAGACCUGUGGGCAGUCGGUGCCCAGGCCUUUGCUUCUACUCGCUCAAGCAGCCGCCCUCUUACGUAAAUGACGUGUACUAUAGACCCAAUUUUCGAAGUUGUUUGGAUGAUUUUUUUCAGGUUUAUACAUCCUGAAGCGAGUUUAAUGAUUGUCACAUCUUAAAAUUUGUGAUCAAGGGUUUUGAGAAAGAGUAAUUAUAAUCUAACCCAUCUCUAUCAGCAAAUACAGAUUUCUUGACUCUCUUGUA